CCACGUUCUGUUGGUGAACUCUGCUCCGUAUGGAGCGCUUCGGAGUCGGGGACGCAAAGUGCUCGUCACAAAUGCACCAAUCCUUUCUCCUCACUGGCUGCGAGACGGAGCGUCUGUGAUUCUGUGAACGGGGACGGAUGUUCGAUUUUUCACGCGGGCCGCAGGCUUGAACAUGUAACGCCCGGAUGUGACGUGAUGGGGUGUUCAUGUUUUGCGGUGCCUUGUCAUGCAACUUCGGUGCGGAGGAAUGAGGUCCAGAUCUAUAGGAUAUAUGAAUGGUGGGGUAGCCAAAGGGUCUCCUACACAGAAAGCAUCGCAUCGCCAGUCCAGCCCCUCUCACAGCAGCACAAACAAUAUAAUAGCAUCCAUAUUUCUCUGGAGCCGUUCAUAAGAUCGAGAAAGUCAACGCACGAAACAUACACAUUCAACAUGUCACCACCAACGGCCGAAGCCCCGCGCUCCAACGACCAGACGCAGGACGCCACCCGUAAGGGCAAACCAUCAACCGACGCCGACCACCCUGGCCCUCUCCCGCCAGGGAUCUUCAACAAAACGUCCCCACCACUCAACACCGAAAAUUUGCUUGUCCAACUCGAUAUCCAAAAGCUGAUCACUGCCGAAGAUGAGAAGGAUUUCGAAAACAUGCGCAAAGCUCGCCGAGCUGCAAACUACCUUGCGGCGUCCAUGAUCUUCUUGAAGGACAACGUAGAUCUGAAGGAGCCUCUGUCGAAAGAUCACAUCAAAGACAGGCUGCUGGGGCACUGGGGCACAUGUCCGGCCAUCACCUUCAUCUACUCGCACUGCAACCGUCUCAUCCGCAAACAUGAUCUUGACAUGUUCCUCGUAACUGGACCUGGUCACGGCGCACCUGCCGUCUUGGCAAACUUGUACCUGGAGGGGACAUUGGGAAAGUUUGACCAGAGGUAUGCGACGUCUAGCAAGGGUCUCUACGAGCUCCUGCGUGGCUUCUCGUGGCCGGGAGGUUUCCCGAGUCACGUCAACGCGGAGGUUCCUGGCGCCAUCCACGAAGGUGGUGAGCUCGGAUACGCACUCGCAGUCAGUUUCGGAGCUGUUUUCGACAACCCGGAUUUGAUCGUGACCUGCAUCGUUGGAGAUGGUGAGGCCGAGACCGGACCAACCUCGACCGCGUGGCACUCGUACAAGUACCUCGACCCUAAGGAAAGUGGAGCUGUCAUUCCCAUCUUGAACGCUAAUGGGUACAAGAUCGCCGAGCCCACAGUUUUCGGAUCCAUGUCCGAUGAAGAGCUGUCCGCAUUGUUCUCAGGCUAUGGCUACCAAGUCCGGAUUGUUGAGAACAUGGACGUGAUUGAUGCCGACAUGGCUGCGUCCAUGGACUGGGCACACAAAGAAAUCCGCCGCAUACAGCAAGCCGCACGCUCAGGCAACCCCAUUGUCAAGCCGCGCUGGCCUAUGAUCAUUUUGCGUACUCCCAAGGGUUGGACAGGUCCGAAGGAGGUGCACGGCCAUCAAAUCGAAGGAACCUGGCGUUCGCACCAAGUGCCUUUGCCCAAAGUCAAAUCGGAUGACGAGGAGUUCAAAGCAUUGGACGCGUGGUUGAAGAGCUACAAGUUUGAUGAGCUAUUCAAGGAUGGCGUGCCGGUGGAGGACGUCCUGAAGACGUUCCCGAGGAAGGAGAGAAUGAUGGGACUCAACGAGAAGACCUACGCCGGCUACAAACCUCUCGAUCUGCCCGACUUCCGUCCCCUCACCAAACCUCAAACGGUCAAGAUGGAUGAAUGGCAGGCGUGCAUGAACGCAUGUGGGGAGUACCUUGCCCAAGUCAUUGAGAAGAACCCGAAGUCCUUCCGCAUCUUCUCUCCUGAUGAACUCGACAGCAACAAGCUCUCCGGCGUCUUCAAAUCUACGACGCGCAACUUCCAAUGGGACCCUUUCUGCAGCAACAAGGGCGGGCGUGUUAUUGAAGUGCUGUCUGAGCAUCAGUGCCAAGGAUGGAUGCAAGGAUACACCUUGACGGGACGGGUGGCGCUCUUUCCAAGUUACGAGGCAUUCUUGCCCAUCAUCACAACCAUGGUGAUCCAAUACUCGAAGUUUCAAAAGGUCGCUCGUGAAACCAACUGGAGGAAAGAUAUCGGAUCUCUGAACUACAUCGAAUCUUCCACAUUGUGGAGGCAAGAGCACAAUGGCUACUCCCACCAAAACCCGAGCUUCAUCGACGCGCUCGUAGGCUUGAAGACCAACAUGGUCCGCAUCUACCUGCCUCCCGACUCUAACACAUUGCUGACUACUAUCGACCACUGCCUUGCGUCUCGCAACUACGUCAACCUGAUCAUCAGUUCGAAACAGCCUAUGCCGCUCUGGCUUGAGCCUGAGGAAGCGAUUGCGCACUGCAAGGCUGGUGCUUCUAUCUGGCGCCGAUACAGCAGCCAUGAUGGCAAUGACCCUGAUGUUGUGUUGGUUGGAUGCGGGAACGAGACCACGUUUGAGGUUAUUGCGGCGGCGGAGAUGCUCAAGAUUGACGCUCCCAACUUGCGUGUCCGUGUGGUCAACGUCACCGAUCUCAUGAUCCUCAGCGCCACCGGCAGACACCCUCACGCCCUUUCUGACGAAGAGUUCAACGCUCUCUUCACCACCGACAAGCCGGUCAUCUUUAAUUUCCACGGUACCCCCGGCGUUGUUCGUGGGCUUGUUUUCGACCGGCCUCUCAUCGCCGGCCGUCUCGCUGUGCACGGUUACAACCAAGAAGGCACCACCACCACCCCCUUCAAGAUGCUCACAGCCAACGGAUGCUCCCGAUUCGACCUCGCAAUCAACGCUCUGCGCUCGUUCCAGCGAUACCGUGACAGCAGCAAGGCCAACGGCAACCACAAGGAUUUGGCCGAUCGCGGAACCGACCUUCACCUUCUCGUUUCUGAUUAUCAGAGCCGCUUGCAUGCUCAUGACAAAUAUAUCGUGCAAUUUGGCGAGGAUCCCAAGGAAUUGAAGGAGAUUCCCUCCAAGGCCAAGUAGGCGAUUGACUACCUGAUCGCCCAGAGAUGAAAUAUAUUCCGCAGAGUAGCAUCGCAUAGUUUCAUUCAUCAGUUUUGUUCAUUUCUUACUUGUACAUACACUUGAAGUAUCCCCCUUAGUGCCAUUCAAUAUCUGCAAUCUUUCCGAUGCACGUUUUUCCACAAACAUCUUCGCGGCACGUCCCCCACGCUCCCAAACUCAUGUGCACACCAGAUAUGGAAGA